AUGGCUGAGCACUUCCAACUGCUGCGCUCGACGCCAGAUUCGAGCCUCUUCAGCUUCCCUCCCGCUAAUGCGCCAGCCCCCAUUGCGCCCGUCGAGGUUCCAACAUCAAUCCUACGGCCAUUCAAUAUUCCCGAGCAUAUAUUUACCGGUGGUCUCGAUGCCAAGGUCCCCCUGACCAUCGCUAUUCUAUACGCCGUGACUGUUAAGAGUCUCAACAUCUACAACAAGUCCAACGGCAAGAAGCCAUGGGCUAUCAGCAAGACUCGUCCUUUCUUUGCCUUCGUUGUUCUUCACAACGUCUUCCUCUGUGUCUACUCUGCUUGGACAUUUUGGGGCAUGCUUGCUGGUAUGAAGAGGAGCAUUGUCAACCCCACUGGUCCCCAGGGUCUUGCUGGUACGGCUGAUAGUUUCUGUCGUCUCCAUGGGUCCUCUGGUCUCGGAAACUCCGUCUACUACAACGAAACCACAAGCUCAUUUGUGUCUUCUGCCGAGAAUGCUGCUAUCGUUGAUGGUUUGCCCAGUGGAACUGUUGGGGGUCGUCUAUGGAACGAGGGGCUGGCUUACUAUGGCUGGAUCUUUUAUCUCAGCAAGUUCUAUGAAGUCCUCGAUACAUUCAUCAUUCUAGCCAAGGGCAAACUUAGCUCUACUCUCCAGACAUAUCAUCACGCUGGAGCCAUGCUUUGCAUGUGGGCUGGUAUGCGUUACAUGUCUGCACCCAUCUGGCAGUUUGUCCUCAUCAACUCUUUCAUCCACUCCCUCAUGUAUUUCUACUACACCCUGACUGCCUUCAACAUCCGCGUCCCUACUCCCGUCAAGCGGACACUUACCUCGAUGCAAAUCACACAAUUCCUUGUUGGCGCAAGUAACACUGUGGCUCAUUCUUUUAUCUCUUACAAGGUUCCGGUCACCGUAAUUCAGAAACUCUCCGCUCCAGUCGGCGCUACCACAGCUGCUCCUGACGCCAGUCAAGAGACCGUUGUUGACGGCGCGGUCGAGUCCCUCAAGAAGUUCAUUUGGGGUGCUGGUGAGGGUGCCGACCCUAUUGCCUCACAGGCUGUCAGUGCCGAGGCCUUCACUGCGGAGACGCAAUACAUUACUCAGCCAUGUAUUAUGACCACUGGCGAGACAUUUGCUAUAUGGCUCAAUGUGUUGUACCUCGCUCCUUUGACUUACCUUUUCGUUAGCUUCUUCAUUGCCAGCUAUGUCAAGCGAAGCAACGCUGCCAGCAAGACCUCUCACAAGGGAGCUCACGAUGUCAACGCAAAUAUUGCCCUCGCCGAGAAGGCUGGCUGGGAUGCCGCCAAGGGCAUCGAGAAGGAAAUUUACGAUGGUGCCAACAUGGCUAAUGGCUCCUCGGACGAGGCCUCACGCUCUUCUACACCCAAGAAGGCCAAUGGCAAGCCACGACGAAAGGCUUAA